AUGGUGCAAGAGUUUAUGAUACUGAAGUGUUUUUCCUGUGCAACCUUUCAGGUUCACCAAGUAAGCAGAUGUGACUUUUAGAGUCUUAGUUUUUUUCACUCCUUCAGUCCACAAGCUAGUAGGUACAUUAGACUAUCUUUUAUAUUUUUUUGGCUGUGAUUGUUAUUCUGAAGGAAAAGCAGAAAAAGUAGACACAUUUCUAAAUCCAAAGGUUGGGUAAAACUUUUGCAGUGCAUUUGGUUCGACUGUACGAAUCUAUAUUUUACUGAAAAUUUGUCAGUAGUACAAGGGAAGACAUAAUACCCUAGUCUUUAGUGCACCGGAAUCCAGCCUUUUUUCGGGGUCGUAAGGGGGUGUUCUUGGAGAGAAACUCACAGUAACUCUCAGAUUGCCUCUCUUUACACAGCUGUAUACAAUAAAAAGGGUUGUGACAAGUUGUCAGGGAGUUGGCUGCAAUUAAUGAACAAGUAUUCAAUGUAGGGGAACAGGCAAUACUCCUUGUCACUUCACAAUGUUACAGUCUGAGCUCUGGUAUGAGUUGUGCAAGUCUUUUUUUUGUAACCAUCAACAGGUUAAGAAAAGCAACAAGUGGGUUUGCAAAGUAUGUGGAGAAAAGCAAUCAAUUAAAAAAGUUUAUGCUCAAGGGACUGGUCUUGACUGCCGUAAGCAUGUGCAGAAAUUAAAUUUGAAACAAGGAGAAGCACAGGAGGCAAGAGAUUUGAUAUCCUGCAAUGAUGAAAAUCCUAAUUCUUGUGGCUUCUCUGAAAAUACCCCAUUGGCUGGCAAUGUUAAGAUAAACCAAGGUACAAAUUGCAACAGCCAGGAAGGUUUCUCCAAAGGAGUAAGCAAAUGGGAGAAGUUCUUAGAGAUCAGUUCUACUGACCAUGAUGGUAAUUAAUGGUUUAUUUGAUCAUGCAGUCUGAUUGUACAGGUGAAGGUAGCCCUGAAAUGGAUUGUUAAGCCUAAGGCUGUCACUUUCACCCAUAAACAUUCAAUUUCAGGACUUUCUCUUCAUGGAUGAUCAGACGACAAGAACUACUGUUUUAAGUACUUCUAGGUUUAGACCUUAUACUGGAAGAUUUAUCCAUUGAACCUCAUUUAAAUGCUUCAUUAGUGGUGAGACUUCAACCAAGGUCACCCAAAAUUUAUUCACUACUCACAUGAUAGGUUCAAACAACAAAUUGAACUUAAUGUCAUUUUCUGUCUGGUUGCAGGUAUGAAAGUUUGAAAGAGAUUUUUUGACAUUCAAAAAAUCCUUAAAAUUUACAUUUUGACACAUUCUCUAAUUGCUUUUUCAGGGGGUGAUUUGGUCACUGGUAGAAGAACAUAUAAUAUAAGAACAUAUAAGCCAUUAGUUGUAGAAUGUAUUUGUGUUUUAUUUAAAUUGUCAAGGAGAUGGUGAUUAAUUCAGAUAUUGAAUGUGUGAUGCUCCAAGUGGAGACUAUAGAAAUUGUGAAAUCCAUGUUGUUGUUGUUAUUGUUAUUGGUUUUUGGAGUGCCAACCAAUGCUUUGUUGUGCUAAACAUACUUUUUUUGAAUUUUUUUUAUACAUAAGAUUUAGAGGAAUUGGACAGUGACGAUAUAACAACAGAAAGGGAUUUGUUUGAUAAAGUAUAUUCAAGAAGAAAGAGAAAGUCAUCAUGGCAACAUUGCAAAUCAGGAACUGGCUUCCAUGGAAAAAGAUCCAAAAUAAGUGCAAAUGAAGAUAGUGUCAGUACAUGCUCAGGGUUCAAAACCUCUUUUCCAAAUACUCCUUUACAUAACUUGACUUCAAACCAAGUUGAUGAAUUUCAGUCCUAUGGCAAACAAGCACAAGCCAAUGAGGAUUUGGAGUCAAAUACCAAAAAUAACCCAUAUAAAUGUAACAUUUAUUUUGCAAAGGCUACCAGAAAUCCCUCUCCAACAAUGAAAAAGAUGAACUCAAGUGCUUUGGUUGACCAGAAACGGAAAGCAAUACAUUCAUCAACAUGGAAUAGGUUCAUGUCUAGUUCCUCAUCACAAACUGACAUGCAUGAAACAUGCUCAGAAAAUAACUCUCUUUCCUUUGAGCCACACAGAAAUAAUUGUCAAAUUAAUAGUGAAAGCUAUCCUAGCCAAGUUAAUAAUUUUAUGAAAUCUGCUGCAGCUAUGAAUGCAGCAGAUAAUCAGUCAUCGUCUUCUCAGUUUGUUCAAGAUUUCUUUAAGGUGGAUGAUGAAUUAGAUGAUAACUGGUGGAACUCACUGUAACUUAAAGGAAGAAAUUUAGAUGUUUUAACCUUGCUGUGCUACAUAUUUAUUUGUAAGUCUUCAAUGUCAGAAUGGUAUACUUAAUGUAAUCAUUAAAUGAUUAAUAAUGGUAAUUGAACUGAGUGGAGUGC